CGCUGUGGUGGAUGUCGCUAUCCAGGAUUAUGUGGCUGACGUGGCCUCCGAACUCAUCUACCAGAACAAGAGUCACAUCUCCACAGAAGUCCUCUUCGCCUUCCCCCUGGGCCCCCACAUGGCCAUCUACUCCUUCCAGGUCCGCAGUGAGGAUGCCAACAUCCAGGCUAUGCUGCAGGAUGAGCCCCAGCAGCUGCAUAAGCCUCUAGGAGGCUGGGAGAAUCUGGAAUACCUUCAGAAUCAGUCUAACUAUCCAGGUGAGAUGUUUGCCUGCUUCCUGGGCACCCUGUCCCCUGGCGGGGAGGUGGUCGUGACCUUGCGCUACGUCCAAGAGCUGCCACGGAAGCCAGAUGGAGCAGCCCAUUUUGUGCUGUCACCCACGCUCCAUCCCUACACAAAACACUAUGCCUGGAAUUGUCUCGCUAGCAAGCUGCCCUACAGCCUGCUGCUCACUGCUAGCCUGCAGUCACCCCGUGGAGUGGCCAAUGUCCAGGCCAACUUCGCCCUCACCCCUUUGAUCUACACUGCCCAGGAUCGCAGUACUGCACAGGUCUCACUGGCUGGCAGCCCACCAAGUCACAAUGAUUUGGAGCUGCUGGUGUAUUUUGGAGACCCCCCUGCAGUCAGUGCUGUGGUGGAGAAGGGAGACCCUGGGGCCCCUCCAGGCUCCCUGCUUGGUGACCCCAUGGUGUUGGUGACGCUGGCACCCAGCAUCCCUGAGGCAGUGCCUGGGCAGCACCAGUCUGGAGAGUUCAUCUUCCUCCUGGACACCACUUUCCUUGAGCAUGCACAGGACUCCCUGCUCUUCCUUCUCAAAAGCCUGCCCCUGGGCUGCUACUUCAACAUCUACUGCUACGGAGAAACCUCUGUGGGCAUCUACCCGCAAAGUGUUGAAUAUACUCAGGACAACCUGACCGAGGCCAUGCAGCGCAUCCCCCCCACGGGCUCCAGUUUGGAUGACACCAAUCUGCUGGGAACCCUCCGCUCAAUCUACAAUACCCCUCGCCCCCGCGGGCAUACGCGCCAGCUCUUCAUCUUCAUGACCAGGCUACCCCCUGACAAGGAAGCCAUCGCAGCUGAGGUCUGCCAUCACCGCAACAGCCACCGGUAA